AUGCUGUUUUGCACAUCUCUCGUUGCUCUUGUCGGCGCUGGAGAACAGCCUGCUUUCUCACCACGGCGUUUACAAAUAACAAACACAAAGCGCCAGACGACAAUAUGCGAGCUUUCGUUCUCUUCAUCAAUUCUCGCUGUGAAACUGAAUCGUCGCAGAUUGAUUGUUGUGUUGGAGACAACCAUUUAUAUUUAUGACAUCAGCAAUAUGAAAUUACUGCACGAUAUUCACACCAGUCCAAACCCAAAUGCCAUAUGCGCCCUUUCUCCGUCAAACGAGAACUGCUACAUAGCCUAUCCAUCACCAACACCCUCACCUUCGUCACCAUUCUCCAGCAAUGCACAGAACGCCUCACCCUCAGGCGACGUCUAUCUGUUCGAUGCCGCAUCUCUUCAAGUAGUUAAUAUCGUCCAAGCACACAAAUCACCGGUCGCCUACGUUGCAAUAAACUCAGACGGUUCCCUGCUAGCCACAGCUUCUGAUAAAGGCACAGUGAUCAGAGUAUUUUCCAUCCCUAAUGCGCAGAAACUAUACCAAUUUCGAAGAGGAUCGUAUCCUACGAGGAUUCACUCGAUUUCUUUUAAUGUCAUGUCGACAUUAUUGUGUGUUAGUAGUGAUACGGAUACAGUACAUAUAUUCAAGUUGGGAGGUGUUCCGGGCUCAGCAGGCUCAAGCGCCGGAAAUGGGACGAGUAACAACGGAACUGGGUCAGCUAAUAUUGCAAGACAUUCCGCCGGACAAACACCGAUAACUGGGUAUGAGGCUUUUAUUGAUGACAAGAAGAAGUCGGGGAUUGUUAAGAGUACGAUUCGUCGGUCCUCUCUUCAUCUCGGCCGUACAGUUGCUGGCAGUGUAGGAAAUUACCUUCCUGACGCUCUUACAGAAAUGUGGGAACCGACACGCGAUUUUGCAUAUCUGAAAUUACCUACUUCCGGGGUACAGAGUGUGGUUGCACUGAGCAAUAAUAUUCCCCAAGUGAUGGUUGUCACUUCCGAAGGGUAUUUAUACCAGUAUAAUAUAGAUCUCGAAAAUGGUGGUGAAUGUCUUCUCUUGAAGCAAUACAGUUUUAUGGAACCGAAUGAAGAGUUUGGCAAUAUUCCUCUACCAUCCGAGUAA